AUGAUCCUCCAUUUAAGGGCACGUGUAGUCAUGUCCACGACAUCCGCUGUGACGCCUGUCGUGGUAUUGAAACGGUCCAGUAAACAGAUUGGCGCUGAAAUAGAGGGAGCAUUCAACGAAGAUGGUGAUUUUUUAACUAAACGAAAGCUUCAGUUUGAGUACGGUAAAGCACAAGAAGCCAUAUGCGCAUGGAAAGCGCAUAGUCUACGCGCUGUUAACCAAGAUCUUGCCAAACAAGAUGUGUUGAGUGCGCUUGACGGUGGUAGCUGCCUUAUCGUCAUGGACUGGGCCAUGAAAGUUUUACCUCUGUACUACAGAGAACAAAUGAGGGAUUUCUUUGGAAAGAGAGGUAAGAGCUGGCACGUAAGCUGUGUAAUUGAGAAAGAGGAGGACAGCUAUUCAGUGCAGUGUUUUUCUCAUUUAUUUGAAGAAUGCAAACAAGACUGGUUUGCUGUCGCAUCCAUCGUGGAGAAUCUUUUAGAGAUUCUUAAGAGAGAGAAGCCAUUCAUUUCAGAAGUAUUUCUUCGCUCAGACAAUGGCGCAUGCUAUCACAACGCAGCCUUGUUGCUUGCUCUUCCAGCCAUUGGUUCAAGAACUGGGAUACGUCCGUAGAGACGAUUUUUCAGAACCACAAGCAGGGAAAGACAUAUGCGACAGAAAAAUAGCUCCGAUGAAAGCCCACAUUAGACGAUAUGUGAACGAGAAGCACGAUAUGGCAACUGCUGCAAAAAUGAAGGAAGCUCUUGAGUCUCAUGGAGGUGUCAGAGGGAGCAGAGUAGCUGUUGCCGCUGUUAACUUAGCUAAUGAAACUGGUGGGACAAACAAAAUCAAAGGAAUUAGUAAGCUCAACAAUUUUGAGUUUACAGAAGAGGGAAUUCGCAGUUGGAGUGCAUACCAAAUUGGUCCCGGAAAACUGGUGUCGUGUGAAGGAAUGAAAUCACAGGGGAAGACUGAACUGAAGUUGUUACAGCCUUUUGGGGCAAUUCCCCAGGCCCAAGGCAUUUUCAACACGAGGCCCACUUAUAAAGAGCGAUCCGCCAAAAAUCAGGUCUUUUUCUGCGAGACACCAGGCUGCGUGGUAACGUUUGAAAACGAAAACGAAGCACAAAAUCAUAUGGACACUGGAGUUCAUAAGCUUAUUUGGAACGCGAAACACUUUACGACAGUGUGCGAAGAAAAUGGGCGCAGCAUGUUACCGAAAUAGCUUCCCGGACGACUCUUAGCGUGCCAACUACAUCAACCCGAGCGCUUGGUACAAGCAAUGGAAAUGAAGCUCCCACUUCGCAGGGUUGGGCACUAAAAGGUCAAAAAACUGCCACUAAGACCUCCGAGAACGUUAAAAGUUUUUUGAUUGCAAAAUUCAAUGAGGGCCUUAGUGGCCAGAAGGCAAAUCCGUCAGAAGUCGCCAAGGAGAUGCAGGAAGCUAAGGACUCGAAUGGUUCACCUGUAUUUUUGCCAGAGGACUGGAAAACUGCACGGCAAAUAAGCAGCUUUUUUUCACGACUGUCAGCAUUAAAGAAAAGCAGUCAUGUCGCUGCAGUAACAUUACGUGAUGAAGAAAAUGUCGAUGACGAGGAUCUUAGGAGCUGGGAAGGUCGCUUAGAAGCAGAGAGUAUACGGAAAGAAGUGUACAGUGCGGUGGAUCUUCAACACCCAGUUUAUUCUGAAGGCCACAAUAUUUGCUUGAUAGCAAAAGAGAGAAAGCCUAAAAAUCUCAAAGUUGUAGACCUAAAGAACAUCUGUACAAAUCUUUCUUUGACGACCACUGGAAAUCAGCAAAGAAAAGUUACCUUCAUAAACGCCAUUGAGGAGUUAGUUAAUUCUUGUUCAUGUGGCAAUUUGUUGUAA